AUGAUAUCUAAGUACUAUGCGAUAAUUCUGGAUUGUACUCCAGAUGUUUCUAACCAAGAACAGUUAACAGUCAUUUUGCGUUUUGUUGAGUGUGAUACAGUUAGUGACAGCUCAGGAAAAGGGCUUUUUGACACAUUUUUAGAGCGAGCAAAGGAGUUAAAACUGAAUAUGUUAGACUGUCGGGGCCAGUCGUAUGAUAAUGGUUCUAAUAUGAAAGGGAAGAAUUCUGGUGUUCAGUCACAAAUUCUACAAACAAAUCCGAAAGCUCUGUAUGUGCUUUGUGCUAACCACUGCUUGAAUUUAGUUGUGGUUGACAGUGCCAAGUCGUCAACUAGGGCUUUAUCAUUCUUUGGUGUUCUGUCCAGAUUGUACACCAUAUUUUCAUCAUCCACACAGCGCUGGAGCAUUUUGAAAGAACAUGUGGAGAUUGCUGUUAAAAAUCAAUCGGACACUCGAUGGGAAAGUCGAAUUAACUGUAUUAAACCUCUGCGGUAUUAUUUUGGCAAUGUUUUGAUUGCACUGGAAAAACUGGAGGAGUAUGCAAUAGAAAAAAAAGAUGGAAAAACAGCUACGGAGGCUCGGUCAUUGAUAACAUAUAUUUCAGACUGGGCAUUUCUUUUGUCUAUUGUCAUCUGGUAUGAAAUUUUAUUUCAAGUAAAUAAAACAAGCAAGCUCAUUCAAUUCUUUGGUAUUUCUCUAGAUGUUAUGGAAAAUGAAAUCAGAGCAACUGAGGCAUUUUUAGAGAAGUAUCGAGAAAAUGGAUUCUCAAGUGCUGAGACCACAGCCCGUGAAAUUGCAGAAGAACUAAAUAUUCCAAGAAAUUUUCCAUCAAUUCGCAACAAUAGGAAGAAAAAUUGUUUGAUUAUGAAGGAGACGACGAAAGCGAAAAGUCUUUUUCAAGCAUACAAAGACAACACCCUUUUGCUGAAGUGCCAGAAUUUUCACAAUAAAAUGGGUGAUAUAGAUCCGUUUGAAAUGGAGAUGGAAUUAAAACGAUUUAUUCAUCUAGUUUUAGAAAACGAUGAAAAGCUAAAAACUGCAAUACAUUUUCUGAAUUAUAUCAACAGCAAAUGUCUCCAGGAGGUGUAUCCUAAUGUCGCUAUUGCACUCCGUGUUUUGUUGACUUGCCCUGUGACAGCAGCAACUGCUGAAAGAAGCUUCAGUAAAUUAAAACUUAUCAAAAAUUUCCAUCGCUCAACAAUGACGCAAGAUCGGCUGUCUUCUCUAGCCAUACUCUCAAUAGAAAGUUAUUGCGCCCGGAAGAUAAACUGUGACCACCUUAUUGAGGUCUUUUCAGACUCAAAAGUUCGUCGAAAGCAUUUAGUUGAGCCUCAUUGA